AUGGGGAGCGUAGGCGAACAGACCCCGACGUACUACGUCGAUAGCGUCAUUGCUGGAGCUUCCCCCGAUGCGGACGCCAAAGUUUACGGGGAUGCUGAGGGUCCGAUCAGUGAACCCCUGGUAAUGGACUUUGCUGUAAUGCACGAUGGCAUAAAUGAUUCCAACGCCUCACUCGCGACGCCCUCUAGCAGCGCAGAUGGUAGCACAGGACCUACUACCAUGCGCAGCUCUGCCGAUUCAGUCAUUUCACAGGAGUCCUUCACGCCGUCGAUAGCAACAGGUGCUCUUGCUCCCCUGCAGCAGAAGAAUGGCCUCGAGGAUGGCGACCGCCUCUCCCCGCUACUCGAAGAUGACCCAAAGUCCUGGGAUCUCAUUGAGCCAGAAGAGAACAACCGCAAAGUGUUCUCGCUCGAGGCUCGCUCCGAACAACUGUUCUCCAAAGAGCAUCUAGCCGCCAUCUUCAAAGACACACCAUCACUACUCCGUUUCACAUCGUUCCUUAGCAUAGCACGGCCAGAGUCUGUGCCCAUUCUGAUUUACUACCUCGAUGCACUCAAGGCAAUACGCGCAAUCAAUUACGCCAACGCGGUCGCAGAAGCACUGGAACCGAUUCCUGGCUUGGAGUUCACCGACACCCAGGCACGACCGACGGUGAAUGGGAUCUUGGAGGAGAAAGCGAAAUUAGCAUUUGACAUACUGGUACGAGAUGACCUUCCGGCAUUUAUCACACACAUCUUUACGCAGGUCGUGAGUGUGAGCAUAUCGAAGCGUGUUACUGGAAAUCUGCCACCUUUGCUGCGCGAGGCUAGUGAAGGGCUGGCGGAGGUGUUUUGUUUGACAGACCCUUCAAGACAUGACAAUCCUAUCAUCUUUGCAUCAGAAGAGUUUCACAGAACUACACAGUACGGUGUCAGCUAUGCCAUCGGACGGAAUUGUCGAUUCCUUCAGGGUCCGAAAACAAACCGCAGUAGUGUUGCGCGCUUCAAGGAAAUGUGCAUGCAAGGCAAGGAGCACAGUGAGGUCCGACGAGACGGUUCUCCGUUCAUGAACCUGCUCAUGCAAGCGCCCCUCCUCGACUCCCGAGGUAACCUUCGCUACUUCAUCGGUGCCCAAAUCGACGUCUCGGGUCUCGUAAAGGACGCCACAGACCUCGACGCCUUUCAGCGCAUGCUGGAUGAGGAAGAGGGCAAUGCAGCACCCGAAGAGGCGAAGGACGAGUUCCAAGAGCUCAGCGAGAUGUUCAAUCACAGCGAGCUGGACACUGUCCGCAAAUUUGGCGGUAACAUGCACCGAGACCAUCUUGAGGACCAAGAUGAUAAGGCGAGCGGAGUUCAGCGACCCAGACUGCUUAUCCAAGAUCAAUCGACGUUUGAUGUCGAGACAGCGGAGAAGCCACCUCCCACUCCUGAGGGGAGAUUGUCUGGACCGUAUAAACAUUACCUCCUCGUUCGCCCCGCCCCCUCCCUGCGCAUCCUCUUCACAUCUCCUUCCCUCCGCGUCCCCGGCAUCCUCCAAUCAAACUUCCUCGACCGAAUCGGCGGCUCAACCCGCGUGCGCGAAUCUGUCCACGAUGCGCUCGCUGACGGUUCGCGCGGCGUAACAGCCAAAAUCCGCUGGCUCCCCCACGCAGUCCAGAACCUCGAGACCUCCUACGAAGAAGGCCGACCACGCUGGAUACACUGCACACCUCUGCUCGGUCAGAGCGGAAGCGUGGGAAUCUGGAUGAUCGUCAUUGUCGACGAGGAGAAACACGCUCAGCCAAACAGAAGGUUCAGGCAGGCGCCGCCCGUUGCGAAUGAUGUGCGGAGACCGCGUCAUGCUGUGCCAUUGAGCGCGCGUGAUUUGCAUAGUAGGAUGGACGACCUCGACCUUACCGACGAUAAUCCUCGAGACGGUUACGGGAAUAUAAGUCGCGUUGCGAGUCCGAAUGGUGACCGGUACAGUGAGCGCAACGGUGUGGGGGCGCAUAGACAUAUGCUGCUCGAUGCUAUGCGGUCACCGCCCAGUCCGCGGCGGAGCUUGAACGACAUUCGAGCGCGAAUAGUCUGA